AUGCGUAAUCGUUUUUGGGAAGUAUCCGAAGAACAUGGGUGUGAAGAACAAGUGUUUCCAAUGGCUAUAAAUUUUUUGGAUAGAUUCCUUGCUGCAUGCCCAAUUAAACCCAAUCAACUACAACUUUCUGCAACUGUAAGCCUUCUUCUUGCCUCAAAAGUUAGAAUGUGUACUCCUCUUUCUGUUUAUUUGUUGUCUAUGUUCACGGAUCGUAGCAUCACUCCAAAACAGAUAAAGGAUUGGGAACUACUCUUUCUAUCCAAGUUGCAGUGGGAAGUUUGUGGUGUUACUGGUUGUGAUUUUAUUGAUCAUAUAUUGGAGGGGACUAAUUUAGUAGGAACUUGCAAUAUGCUAAGACCUCAUACUAUCACACUUUUAUCACUUGCAUACACAGGUAUAGUUUGCAUUGAACAAUAA